AUGGCGGUAUCCGUGGCACCGAAGGAUGUUAAUACAUAUUUAAGUCAAAAUCAAAAUGUUGCGGACAAGGAAUUGGCUGCAGAAUGGGCGCAACUUGAAGAACUAUACAAUAAAAAGCUUUGGCAUCAGUUGACACUUAAAUUAGAAACAUUUGUUAAAAAUCCAACGCUUCAAAAGGGAGAUAAAUUGGUACAGUUAUACACAAACUUUUUAUCUACCUUUGAAAACAAGAUAAACCCUUUAUCUUUGGUAGAAAUAUUAGCAUAUGUAAUACAACAAUUUCAAGAUAAACAAGAAGCAAUUAAAUUCUUGGAAAAAACUGAGUCUAAAGUUAAAAGCAGUAAUGAAGCUGUUGCUUUGUGCAAAGUCCUUAUAGGCCAGAUUUUACUUGAAAAGUUAAAUAAUCAAGAACAGGCAAAAAAGAUUAUAGAAGAAGUAGAAGCUAUGUUGGAUAAUGCUGAUGGGGUUACAACAGUUCAUGGUAGAUUUUAUUUAUUAGCCAGUCGUCUGUAUCGUCUUCAAGGAAAACAUGCUGAAUAUUAUCGUACUGCUUUGAGAUAUCUAGGUUGUAUUGACUUAAAUAGCUUAAGUAGACAAGAACAAGAGCAGCAUGCAUUUUUCCUUGGAUUAGCUGCACUUUUAGGUGAAGGAGUUUACAAUCUUGGAGAAUUAUUGGCUCAUCCUGUUUUACAGUCCUUGAAAGGUACACAAAACUCUUGGUUGGUUGAAUUAUUACAAGCUUUCAAUGCUGGUGAUAUUGUUGCACUUGAAAGAUUAAAACCACAAUGGAGUAAAGUUGCGGAUUUAGCAGCACAAGAAUUAAAAUUGAGGCAAAAAAUUUCUCUCCUAUGCCUUAUGGAAAUGACUUUCAAACGCCAAGCUAACAACAGGCAGUUAACAUUUGCAGAAAUUUCUCAGGAAACUCGUUUACCUCUUGGUGAAGUAGAGUUACUUGUAAUGAAGGCUCUAGCUCAAGGUUUGGUUCGCGGUGCUAUUGAUCAAGUAGCAGGAACCGUCAAUAUGACAUGGGUACAGCCUCGUGUAUUAGAUCGUACACAAAUAGCUGGAAUGGUUCAACGACUUGAUGGCUGGUGUAAAGAUGUUAGUUCAAUGGAGCGUUUACUAGAAUCUCGAGCAUCCGAGAUCCUUACACUUUAA